AUGCGAAUCAACAGGCUCUUCUCCAACGCUACCGCCUUCUGUUCGCUCUACAUCGUUGCCAUCCACAUCACAGGCGCCUCCUGCGCUGCCAUAGGCGAAGUCAUUGAUGCUACCUUGACCGCAGAACCGGUACCGGUACCAACUAGCGAGCCGCUACGCUGUGCAAACGGAAAGGACAUCUGCCCUAAGGGAUACACCUGCUGUGGCCCAAUUCGCCCGGGAAUCGGUGGCCUGUAA